AUGAAAGCUGCUCGAUCAGUGCGGUUGCCCCGCGUUCAGGCUGCUACUCGUCCCAAUGUUCGACUUGUGAGCGACACCAGAAAUGUGAAGUCGGCUGUGGCCACAAGCAAUAUCAUGCCCUCCCUGUCAACAUCACCACCUCUGCCACGGAAAGCUUUGGCUGCACCACUGGCCAAGCUGCCUCUCUCCUCCGUUUUGCGCUCUUUGCUGGUGCUAUCUGUUUCCUCUUCGUCACUUCUUCUCAAGCCUUGCAUUUACACUUUGUCUUUACUGGCACAUCCUCGCUCGGCCUUCUGGGACGUUUCCAAGAACCCAGCGCUCAACUUUUUGGUCAAGCACACAAUUUACAAGCAAUUCAAUGCGGGCGAGAACAAGGCUGAGGUCCAGAGAUCCAUCAACAGCAUCAAGGAGCUAGGAUGCCGCGGCGUACUGCUUGGUUAUGCUCGUGAGGUCUUGGUGGGCGAGAACCAGGAUGCUGCUUAUGACGAGAAGGCUGCUCUCGCCGAGAUUCAGAUGUGGUUGGACGGUACCAUGCGAACUGUUGACAUGGCCCAGACCGGAGACUUCGUUGCUCUGAAAUUCACUGGAAUGGGUACCGAUGCCCUCCGCCUGCUUCAGAAGGAAGCCGACCCAACCAAAUUCAUGGACACUUCCAUCCAAAGAGUGUGCGACCUCGCCAUCUCUCGUGGUGUGCGUCUGCUGGUUGAUGCCGAGGAGCAAGCUGUUCAGCCCGGUAUUGAGGCAUGGAUCAUGAAAUACCAGAAAUACUGCAACUCUCAGACCCCCGGUCGGGCUAUCUUCUACGGUACUUACCAAGGCUAUCUUCGAUCCACACCCGUCACUCUGGCCCGUCACCUGGAGACCGCUCGCAGCGAGGGAUACACUCUGGGAGUGAAGCUUGUUCGUGGUGCCUACAUGAAGACAGAGCCUCGUCAUCUGAUCUGGGCCAAGAAGGAGGAAACAGAUCAGUGCUAUGAUGAGGUCGUUGCUGCUCUUCUCACUCGCAAGUACAACUCUAUGCUGCAGCGCCCCUCAAAGGAUACCCCCGUUGAACUGCCAUCUGUCGAUGUGAUCAUUGCUACUCACAACCGCGAGUCUGUGCGAAAGGCCCAUGCCAUCCGCAUGGAGCAGGCUACCAAAGGUGAAGAUUAUGACGUUGAUCUGAGCUAUGCCCAGCUCCAAGGUAUGGCUGAUGAAGUGAGCUGUGAGCUUCUUCAGGGCUUCGAAAGUGCUGAGGAGAGCGUGGGUGCCACACCAAUGGAUGCUCCCAACGUCUUCAAGCUUUUGACUUGGGGAUCAGUCCAGGAGUGCAUGGGCUUCCUUCUGCGUCGUGCUGUCGAGAACACAGAGGCUGUCGGACGUACCAAGGACUCUCAGAUCGCUAUGUUCGGUGAACUGAAGCGUCGCUGCCUUAACGUGUUUGGUGGCAACAACUAA